AUGAGCAAGCCUCGGCCCCGGCGCAAGUCUAGCAGUCUUGGAGGAGAGCCUCGAGGUGACACUGGAGCUUCUGCUCUUGCUACAUUGUCCCUGCUGNNCCCCAGGUAUGCUCCAGUCAACUGUGGAACCCAGCUCGACAAUGCCCAUCGGACUGACACGCCAUGGCAGCGCGCAUCUACACCGACACACGACAAGGCUACAAGAACAUCCAAGCGUCGCAAAGCACGCAGUCUUCUCAAACGAUAUGUACGCGUCUCUCUCCGACACACCUGGCUCAAUCCCUUGAUCCUCGUGCUCCUGGUCCUGGCUCUCUACGCUAUCAACCCUUCUACCUCGAACCCUUUCUACUACUGCAUCUUCCUCGCCUACCCGUUAGACACCCCUGCUGGCAAACCAAUUCAAUAUGGCAAGGGCAAAGCCGAUUUUGCUUUCGUCGCCUUCUACACCAUCGUCCUGAGCUUCACUCGUGAAUUCCUCAUGCAGCGCAUGAUUCGUCCCCUNGCCAUCCGUCUAGGCAUUACCAGAAAAGCAAAGCAGGCCAGAUUCAUGGAGCAAUUCUACACAGCUAUCUACUUUGCCAUUUUCGGUCCCUUUGGCUUGUACGUCAUGCGCCGCUCGCCAGUCUGGUACUUCAACACGGAUGCUAUGUUUGANGGGUUUCCCCACCGCAGCCACGAGGCCGUCUUCAAGGCCUACUAUCUGUUGCAAGCAAGUUACUGGACACAACAGGCUAUCGUCCUGUUGCUCAUGCUGGAGAAGCCCAGAAAGGACUUCAAAGAGCUGGUUUUGCAUCACAUCGUCACCGUAGCCUUGAUCUGGCUGAGCUACCGCUUCCACUUCACCUACAUGGGCAUCGCUGUUUACAUUACCAUGGACAUUUCUGAUUUUUUCCUCGCCUGCCUCAACUACCUCGAUUCACCCAUCACUGGCCCUUACUUUGGUCUCUUCAUCGGAGUGUGGUUCUACCUCCGCCAUUACCUCAACUUGCACAUCCUCUGGGCGACCCUGACCAGCUUCCGCACAGUCGGCCCUUACGAACUGAACUGGGAGACCCAACAAUACAAAUGCUGGAUUUCUCAAAUCAUCACAUUUUCUCUUCUUUUCGCUCUUCAGGCUGUCAACGUCUUCUGGUUUGUCCUGAUCUUGAGAAUCGCAUGGAGAUUUGUCCGAAGCUCUGUUGCCAAGGACGAGAGAAGCGACGAUGAUGAAGAUGAGGAAGAGAUUGUUGAAGAGCAAGAAAAGGAAAAGAUGAGACAAAGCAUUCCCAGCGUGGAACUGAAUGGCGAAAAACUGGUGGGUGCUACUGGAAGAGAUGCCACUCCUGAGGGAUUGAAGCGUAGAGGAUAA